AUGGGCAGAGUGAAACUAAAGGUUUGCCACACCACAGAGGAUCCUGCAGUUUAUACUCUGGACAUGAUGGGGUCCUUGGCCUUCAGAAGAAGCUUCACAGCAGUCCUACCUUUGCUCUUAGCAGCGGUGAGAAUCAACGGGCAGGUAAAUGCAACCCCUCUGGACUGCAAGAACAUUUGUGUGUGCGCCAGCAACAUCAUCAGCUGUGCUAACGCAAAUCUGAGCAACACUCCCACACAGCUUCCAUCACAAACGGCCGUUCUGGACCUCAGCUUCAACUCCAUCACUGGACUUCGCCACAAGUGGGCCCCAAAAAACCUUGGCAGCCUGCGGAGCCUGAUACUCAGUAAUAACAAACUGUCCUUCCUCUCCACCGAGGCGUUUGUGCACGUGACGAACCUUACUUACCUGGACCUUUCCUUCAACAACCUGCGUCAGCUGGAUGAGCUGAUCUUUGAGCCCCUGGAGCACCUUGAGGUGCUGCUGCUCUUCAAGAACUACAUCUCCCAGAUCGAUCGCUCUGCCUUCGAAGGCCUGAACUCUCUGCAGAGGCUCUACAUGAGCCACAAUCAGAUCUCACGCUUCCCCUUGGAGGUGCUUAAGGAGAAAAGCCGUCUGGAAACGUUCAGCCUGCUGGACGUUUCCUCAAACAGGUUUAAAGCCCUGCAGCUGCAGGAGCUUCAGGCUCUGCGUGCCUGGAUCAAGAACGGCAUCUACUUCCACAACAACCCUCUGGCCUGCAGCUGCGAGCUGUACAAAUUUGUGGCGCGGUGGCAUCUCAUGGAGCUCAGCUCGGCCGUCGACUUUGCAAGCAGCCACACCUGUGUGAUACCAGGCGUGCACAAGGAGAAAAUGCUCAUACUGGAUCUGGACAAGGCCUAUCUGAACUGCACCGAGGUCAAGGUGCUGAAAAAGGAGGCCUACUUGGAGGAGUCCAUCAAGUUGGACUGUGACGCCAGGCUCAAGAACGUGAUGAAAAGAUGGGAGCUGCCAGAAAACACCUCGUUGUCUUCAGCGAAUAAGACCGCGGAGGUUACGAGCGAUGGCAAGCUCCAAAUAGGGCCCCUGAGGUUGGAGCACUCAGGGGUGUACACCUGCUACGCUACAGGCGAUUCUCUCAACCAGACUCUGCACAUAACUGUGGUGGUGUUGAACUCCACCACUCGUGGCGGGCUGGAGAAUCUAAAAACAGCCUACACCACCCUGGUGGCGUGCCUGAUCAGCAUAGUUAUGGUCAUCAUCUACCUCUACUUCACACCCUGCCACUGCCCCUGCUGCCCAGGCGAGAAAGACGACCCCAGAGAGAGCCUCCACUCCUCCACCGUCAGCCUCUCUAAGGCUCAGGACGAGGUGGGGCAACAAAGAGCCGAGGGCGGAGGCUUCGCCUUCGGACACGCAGCCCCACUGGGACAAAAGCGUCAGCUGGAGGAGAACGAGAGGCUGAACCCAAUAGGUGAGGCAGACGAGGAGUGGCAGGAGGGCAACAAGAAGAGAAGCGGGUCUGAUGCAGAGUCUGUCAGCUCGGUGAGCUCCGAUACUCCCAUGGUGGUUUGA